AUGGCUCCAGCGAAAGGUGGAUCCGCCUUUAUCGUGAUCACUGAAGACCCGCAGCAAGAUCGCGGCAAGCGCCUGAGCCAAGUGCGAUCGCAUCUCGCCAAAGAGCGCCAUCGGUCUCGUCGGGGGAAUGAUCGACUCACAGUGCAUAGCAAUGGCAGCAGCGAUAGCCAGGAUUUCAGGACACCGACCCCGGAGAGUGGUGCCCUGAGCCUCAUACCGGAGAUCCCAGUCAGGCACAAGUCCCCGCCACUCGCCUCUUCGGCAACUGGGUACCGACGGAUGCAGAAAUGUGAGUACUCAGCAGUGAUCGGCAAUACGGGAUCGUCUCCAUGA